AUCAUCACAGCCCAGCCCGCCAACAUGGCCCCUACAACAUCUUCUUCUUCCCCCUCCACCCGCCUCUCAGCACUCUCCCACCACAUCAUGGGUUCCACUGCUCCUGUCUUCACCGCGCAAGCCGUGGCCGCCGCGCCGGAGGAUCCUCUGUUCGGUCUCAUGAAGGCCUAUCGCGAGGACCCCUCAGAGAAAAAGGUUGAUUUGGGCAUUGGUGCCUACCGCGACGAUAAUGCGAAGCCGUGGAUUUUGCCGGUUGUGAAGAAGAGAAAGGCCGACAACGCCAUCCACAACGACCCGACCCUCAACCACGAAUACCUCUCCAUCGGCGGCCUGGCCGAGUUCACCGCGGCCGCGCAGAAACUGAUCGUCGGGUCUGAUUCUCCCGCCAUCCGAGAGAAACGGAUCUGCUCCCUGCAGACCAUCUCGGGAACCGGCGCCGUCCACCUCGGCGGACUCUUCCUCUCGAAAUUCCACCCCAACAAACCAGCCAUCUACCUCUCCUCGCCCACCUGGGCAAACCACCACCAGAUCUUCACAAAUGUCGGCCUCACCCUGGGUAACUACCCCUACUUCUCGACGAAGACCAAGGGACUCGACUUCGAUGGCAUGCUGCAAGCCAUCCAAGGCGCGCCAGCUGGCUCAGUGAUCCUGCUGCACGCCUGCGCGCACAAUCCCACAGGCGUCGACCCCACCCAGGAGCAGUGGAAGCAAAUCGCAACGGUCAUGCGGCAGAAGCAGCACUUCCCAUUCUUCGACACCGCCUACCAAGGCUUCGCAUCCGGCGACCUGGCGCGCGACGCCUGGGCGAUCCAGUAUUUCGUCGAUCAGGGAUUCGAAAUGUGCGUCGCGCAGUCCUUCGCCAAGAACUUCGGUCUAUACGGCGAGCGCACAGGCGCGUUCCACUUCAUCUCUGCGCCUGGCGCGGACGCAUCCAACGCAUCGGCUCAUGUCGCCAGCCAGCUGGCUAUCCUGCAGCGGUCAGAGAUCUCGAAUCCGCCCGCUUACGGGGCUAGGAUUGCUAGUCGGGUCUUGAAUGAUCCGGCCCUGUUCAAGGAGUGGGAGGCUGAUCUUAGGACCAUGAGUGGGAGGAUUCAGGAGAUGCGGAAGGGGUUGAGGGCUCGCCUGGAGGAGAAGGGCACGCCGGGAAGCUGGGCCCAUAUUACCGAUCAGAUUGGCAUGUUUAGCUUUACGGGAUUGAGCGAGGCGCAGGUCAAGGUGUUGAGGGAUAAGUGGCAUGUUUACAUGACCAAGAACGGCCGCAUCUCGAUGGCCGGUCUGAACUCGCACAACCUGGACUACUUUGCCGAAGCAGUUGAUAGCGUUGUCCGUGAGACUUCUUAA